GUCAGCUUCCCUUGACACGUGUGAGCUCGGUCCUCUCUGCUCCUCACCUUGUGCCAGCUCCCACCCAGAAGGCCCCCCAGGCAGCCUACGGCAUGAUCUCCAUCACUGAAUGGCAGAAGAUUGGUGUGGGCACCACUGGCUUCGGCGUCUUCUUCGUUCUCUUUGGAAUACUCCUGUACUUUGAUGCAGUGCUCCUGGCCUUCGGAAACCUCCUGUUCCUGGUGGGCCUGUCCCUCAUCAUUGGCCUGAGGAAGAUGCUCGCCUUCUUCUUCCAGAGGCACAAGCUCAAGGGGACCAGCUUCUUCCUGGGAGGUGUGGUCAUUGUGCUCCUGCGCUGGCCCCUUCUGGGCAUGUGCCUGGAAACCUACGGAUUCUUUAACCUCUUCAAGAGCUUUUUCCCUGUCGCCUUUGGCUUCCUGGGCAAUGCCUCCAACAUCCCCUUCCUGAGUGCGCUGUUCCGGAGGCUUCAAGGCGCAAGCUCAAUGGUCUGAACAGUGGAGAUGAGCUCCUUGAACUUGGAUCUUUGAUUAAGGGGCUGGAAAGGAAAUGGGGGCCACUCCCUCAGGCCCCGACCCUGCACUGACUCAUCUCCCAUCAUACUCGGACCUCUCCAAGUCCAGAAGGAAGGAUGGAGACAAGUGACUGACUUCAAAUCCCCAAGUCAACUCAAGAGGCUGUCAGGACGACUGGGAGCAAAAAUCCAGGGCCCCGUGGAGAGGGGCCUGGGGCUAGUAUCACACCCUGCGCUGUAUUUAUGGGAGGAAAGGGAAGGAUUAAACCCCCGAGCUGUGAGUGUGUGUGAGACUCAAAGUCGGUGUCUCUAGCCCCCUAGGUCCACUCCCUGACUCAGGGCAGGCAACGCACACAUCAUUGCACAUGGCGAGGGGCAGGCCUGCUCCCAUAGGCUUUUAUUCCUGUCCUGGUGUAAUAGUCCUACUGGGUGAGACAACAUGUUUGCAAGUCCCUGUUAGCAGUAGGCACUAGACAGUGAUGGGUAUUAAUCCUGCAUACUGGAAGGAAGUGCUUCUCAACCAUUAAUCAAGGGGAUGUCUGCACAGUGCACCCACCAGGUAGAGCCUGUGCUGGGAGAGCUUCCUGUUGGAGAGAGAUGCAGCCCCACCUUCCGAGAGCCCCAGUCUCAUAGAGGGAACAGUCUCCAUCCUGGGGAGCCCUCAUCAAAGGUAAGGAGCGCUCUUGCAGGCCCAAGAAAGAGCAAGGCAUACGUUUAGUAACUCUGUGAAAGCCUGUACAUCUGUACUGGCAACGGAGUGUGUGCUGAGUGUGCAAAGGGAAGGGGACCCAUCCCUGCCUCCAAAGCGAGGGACCAGGACAAAGCAGUGUGAUCACCCACCAAGAGAUGCAGACGUGGGUCCCAGGAGCAGCUUCUUCCGAUGUGCUACACCUGGAAGUCACUUCUCUGCGUCCCCUUAGCACUUCCCACGUACGUCCACCUCCUGCCAUUUUAUUCUGCUCUCUUAGCCGGCUGCUUACAUACCUGCCUCACCGUCUAACCACAUCAUAUUCAUCUCAAAGCCCUGUGCUGAGCAAGUGCUCAGCAAUUGUUUAGGGAAUGACAGGAAGAAGGAAGGAAGGAAGGAAGGAAGGAGAAAAGAGAGAAUUUCACCCGAGUGGCAGAUCACAGUCCAGGAGCCGCCUUCUGGUCUGAGACCCAAGCAGAGCUGGCCAGAGCUGGGAGCCUGUGGGAGCAAGGACCCCCAGUCAGACUGCGCCCCCUCCUCUCCUUGCCUCCUCCUUUACCAGGCUCACCUCACACUGGGUAUGCUUGUGGCUCUUGUCCAGAGGGGGAACAAGACAUCUCACAAAUAGUCCAUUUCCACGUUGUUUGGGGCAGAAUGGGUCUCCAGCUGAGCCGGUCUGGAAGAAGGGGCUGAGGAGGAUGGAGGGAACUCAUGACAAUCAGACAGCCAGCCUUGGAGAGCUUCUGGGGGAGGAAGAGGCUGAUUUCAGUCCUGAGAGCCAGGAGGCAGGAGGCAGCAGCAAGGGCCGUGCUCUCUGAGGGGUCUAAGGAGGAGGGAGAGAGGCAGAGGUGGGCCUGUGCCUGGAGACGUCACCCAGGGCUUUAUAAAGGGACACAAUCGGGGGCUGGCAGAGCAAGCCCAGGAGCACAGCUCCCCUCCCUCCGGGUGUCCACUCACCUCAAUAGUCACAGCCUCAGAGACCCUACGGCACUCCCACCGCCCCAGGACAGCGCCAAGGUAGGUGCACAGCAGCAUGCACACCUGGGAGGCGGCAUCCACACCUGGGAGGGGUCUGCCCAGCCUGGGGAAGCUCUGGAGGUGGGAGCAGGAAUUUAGUUCCUGGACUGACAGAUGUGUCCCGGGCAGGCUGGGGGGGGAGGGGGUGAUCCUUCCUGAGGACCAGGUUGGCCAGAUUAUUCUGGGAUGUCCGGAUGAAUACACUGACUUUUGCAUUUUAUUUGUGAAGGCAAGACCCUCCCAAGGACUCCCCUUUCUGUGGCAGGAAUAAAUGCAAUGAAUGAACUCUCUGUGGCUGGGAUUAGAGGGAGCUGGGGGACCCCUCAGGGCUCAUGGGCUUAUCACGGCUCCUCUGAGCAGUUCCUCCAACUUAUGGAUGGCAAAUCCAAACCUACUACAGAGUCCCUUCCCACCCUUCGAGCCCCCUGCACUGAAAACUGGGGUCCCCCCAGGAGGGAGGCCACCCCAGCUCAAAAGCUUUCUGACCAUGCCUGGAAUUUCUGUUACUAAGUAGAAAAGCCCCACAGGCAGGGAAACCACAUUGCGGCCCCUUGGAAGCUGACAGUUCUUUUCCAAACAAUUCAACUCUACCACAUGUGUUCAGAGUUGGGGGAAUCUGUGUGGGUGCAUGUGUGUGUGUGUGUGUGUCUGCGCACAUGCACCGGUCAGGCAGUGGGGGACGACCAGGGCUUUCUCGUGGCACCCAUAGUAAGCGCUCUCUAUCACAGGUGAGAGGAGCACUGCCUGCUACCCACACAGCCUGCCUUCUCCCCGCUUCCUCACGUGCCAUCCUGCUCCUGCAGGGCAGCCAGAAUGCUCCAUCUGAAGUGCAAAUCUAUGCACAUUCCUCUCCGGCUCAGCCCUCUGGGAUGAUGCCCCUUCGUGGCCCCCACCCUAGCCUCCUCACUCUCUCUCUCCAGCGGAGCCCACCCUCCUGGCGGGCUGGAGGACCCACAGUUCCCUCCACACCCAGCCUGGCCAGCGCUCCAACUUCCCCUGCUGGGACUGCCUUCUAUAAACCUUUAUUCAUCGGCUGACUUGAGCUGAGAAACUCAGCUCAGGUGCCAGUCCUGCAGUAAGCCUGCCUGGACCCUCCAAGCAGGGCUCCCGCAGCCCCCACAGCCCCUGUGUACCCACAGGCCCAUCCUCCCAGUGCACUGUUAUUCUGAAAUGCUCAGCUUCUCGUGCUAAACUUGAGAUCUGGGGGAGGGGCUGCAGCAGCAGCCGUGGGUCUUGGCACCCCUGUGCACGCCUGGUGCCUGGGCCGCACUCUGAUCAGGAAGGAUUCCUCAACCAACCUGGACCCCGUUCCCCCCGGGAGCUGGAGCCACAAAAGGACUGGUUUACACUGUUCUCUCUAGUGGACUGAUCCUGCCUCUACCCCCACGCCCCGUCCCAGGCCUUAAGGCAGACGCAGAAAGCCAAGGUCUGGGUUUCUGGUGUCACAGAAUCGAAAUCUACCAGGAGGGGCCAGCCCUGUGACCCAGUGAUUAAGUUCGUGCGCUCCACUUCCACAGCCAAGGGUGUCACCAGUUCCG